AUGAGCCAGUUAGUUCUAGACUUAAAAUGUUUGAAGGAUAAAAUAGCAACGAAUUACGAUAUUCAUAACAAUGUUUACGGUGGAAACGGAAUGGAACCAAACAUUAUUCAUCCGUCCAAAAGAUUCAGGAUUGUUGUUCGAUUAGUAGAUUUCUUGUUCUGUAAAUCGGAUGAAGAAUUCAUUAAAGGUUUUUUCUGUCAAAUGAUAGUUAGAAAUCUUCAUUGCCUCAAUUCAACAAAUGGCGCAGAGGAGAUGCGUUUGUAUAUGAGCGAAAGAUUAUUUUCAGCCCAUAAAGAUGAUUUGAGAUUGAUAAAUGGGCAGGUACUGGAUGUUCGCAUUGGGGUAUGGUAUGGAAUACACCAAAGUCCGCCAAUUUUUGAAAUCAUUGAUUUUAAGAUACUAUCCAGGAAUGACGUUCGUGAUUUCUGUGAAUUUGUCAAAUCACCACUUGGUGAGAAGUUUCUGAACAUCUCUAACUCCUAA